GGCGGCAGCGUGCUCGGCGGGCGGGCGGGAGGGCUGGCGGGCGGCCCCCGCUCCCCAGCUCCGCGGCUCGGUACAGCCCGCACGGCCCCCGCCCUCGGACCCGCCCCCGGGGGUCGCCCGGCCCCAUGCCCUGCAGCGGCGGCGGAGCAACGCGCGGCCGCGGGAGGCUCUAAAGAGCCCGGAGGGAGCCGGCGACGAGGGGACCAUGUACCGGGACCCGGAGGCGGCCAGCCCAGGGGCGCCCACCCGCGAUGUCCUGCUGGUCUCUGCCAUCAUCACCGUCAGCCUUAGCGUCACUGUCGUCCUCUGCGGCCUCUGCCACUGGUGUCAGCGCAAACUGGGCAAACGCUACAAGAACUCCUUGGAGACGGUGGGCACACCAGACUCAGGGCGUGGGCGCAGUGAGAAGAAGGCCAUCAAUGAUCUAGACAGAGACUUUUGGAAUAACAAUGAGAGCACAGUGCAGCAGAAAUGGAGCUCCUACCCUCCCAAGGAGUUUAUUCUAAACAUUUCACCCUACGCCCCUUAUGGCGACCCACGACUGUCCCUCAAUGGCACCCUCCUGGCGGGCGCCAAAGUGGCCGCCGCGGCGGGGCUGGCGGUGGAGCGGGAAGGCCGGCUGAGGGAGAAGCCGGCAGCGGCGCCGCCACCCGGAGAGGACGCCUUGAGAAGCGGCGGGGCUGCCCCCAGCGAGCCGGGCAGCGGUGGCAAGGCGGCGGGGAGAGGCCGCUGGCGGACGGUGCAGAGCCACCUGGCCGCCGGGAAGCUCAACUUGUCCAAUUUCGAGGACUCCACCCUGUCCACGGCCACUACCCUUGAAUCUAUCCCCAGCUCCACGGGAGAGCCGAAAUGCCAGCGACCCCGCACCCUGACGCGGCAGCAGAGCCUGCAGCAGCCGCUGAGCCAGCACCAGCGGGGCCGGCAGCCCAGCCAGCCCACCACCAGCCAGAGCCUGGGCCAGCUGCAGGCCCACGCGGCCUCGGUGCCCGGCCCCAACCCCCGGGCCCACGGCCGGGGCCAGGCACGGCAGGGCUCCUCGGCCGGCUCCAAGUACCGGCCGGCCGGCGGCCGCAGCCGCUCCAACCCGGGCAGCUGGGACCACGUGGUGGGGCAGAUUCGAAACCGAGGCUUGGACAUGAAAUCCUUCCUGGAAGGCCGGAUGGUGGUGCUAUCCUUGGUCUUAGGGCUUUCGGAACAGGAUGACUUUGCCAAUAUCCCUGACCUGCAAAACCCAGGAACCCAGCAGAACCAGAACGCUCAGGGGGACAAGAGGUUGCCUGCAGGAGGGAAGGCAGUGAACACAGCCCCAGUGCCCGGCCAGACACCCCACGAUGAGUCUGACCGCCGGACCGAGCCUCGUUCCUCCGUCUCAGACCUCGUCAACUCCCUCACCAGUGAGAUGCUUAUGCUCUCCCCAGGCUCCGAGGAGGACGAGGCCCACGAGGGCUGUAGCCGUGAGAACCUGGGCCGGAUCCAGUUCAGCGUCGGCUACAACUUCCAGGAGUCCACGCUCACCGUGAAGAUCAUGAAGGCCCAGGAGCUGCCGGCCAAGGACUUCAGCGGCACCAGCGACCCCUUCGUCAAGAUCUACCUGCUGCCAGACAAGAAGCACAAGCUGGAGACCAAGGUGAAGCGGAAGAACCUGAACCCCCACUGGAACGAGACCUUCCUCUUCGAAGGUUUCCCCUACGAGAAAGUGGUGCAGAGGGUCCUCUACCUCCAGGUCCUGGACUAUGACCGCUUCAGCCGCAACGACCCCAUCGGGGAGGUGUCCAUCCCCCUCAACAAGGUGGACCUGACCCAGAUGCAGACCUUCUGGAAGGAUCUGAAGCCAUGCAGCGAUGGGAGUGGGAGCCGAGGCGAGCUGCUCCUGUCUCUCUGCUACAACCCCUCUGCCAACUCCAUCAUCGUGAACAUCAUCAAAGCCCGGAACCUCAAAGCCAUGGACAUCGGGGGCACGUCAGACCCCUACGUGAAGGUGUGGCUGAUGUACAAGGACAAGCGGGUGGAGAAGAAGAAGACAGUGACGAUGAAGAGGAACCUUAACCCCAUCUUCAAUGAGUCCUUUGCCUUCGACAUCCCUACGGAGAAGCUGAGGGAGACGACCAUCAUUAUCACCGUCAUGGACAAAGACAAGCUCAGCCGCAAUGACGUCAUUGGCAAGAUCUACCUGUCCUGGAAGAGUGGGCCCGGGGAGGUGAAGCACUGGAAGGACAUGAUUGCCCGGCCCCGGCAGCCUGUGGCCCAGUGGCACCAGCUGAAGGCCUGAAUGGGGCCAAGGGAGCCCCAGGGGGCCGAGGGCCGGGUCCCCAUCACGCCCUCACCACUUUAUGCACAAGGCCCGGCCUGGCCCCCCCGGCCAUGGGUGAGGGAAGGAUCCUGAGGGCUCGGCCAGGAAGAGGUCCCAGGAACCAGUUGGGCCCUGCUUCUAGCAAGCACCAGCCCCAUUCCCCACCGGUCCAGCUCUGGGGGAGGGGCUCUGGGAGCCAUUUGCCUGCUUUGCCCCUUUCCUUCCUGACUUGCUGAUACUCAAGAAGCGGGGAGGUGAGCUUGAGAGCCAGAGGGCAGAUCCCUCCAGAGGCCCGCCAGGUGGGCAAGGUCCCCCCGUUUUCUUUAAGGCAGAGCCUAGGAGUAGAGGAAGGCCGCCCCCUCCCCUGCCCCCAACGUGGGCCCAGGAGAGGGGACGUCGGAGGCGUUUGGCCCCGGCCUGGCCUGACUAAGAGAGAGGGAGGCCUGUUCCAGGGCAGUUUCAGGAGCCGGCUGGGCCCUGAAUGCCGAGGAUAGUAUAUAGCCUGCUCCGGGGGUUCUGGAGCCGCAGCCCUGUGUACUUGUGUUGUGUCCACUGUGCGUGUGUAAUGUGUGUGUGUGCGUGCACGUUUGGGGGUGGCAGCACGCACUCCCUGUGUCCCUGGGGCCCAUGUGCUGAAGGCGAUGCAGAAAGGACUGGGUGGGCUGGAGGCUUGAGAAGUCAAGGCACAGAGCUAGGGGGUGGGAGAGGAGAGGCAGGUGAGGGGGUGGGGUGAGGCAGGGAUGGAGGAAGAGGUGGGUGGGGAAGAGGGGCAGAGAGGAGCUGGGCUGAGACCUGGGCUCUGUCCUUCUCCUCCCGCCUCCCCAGAGCUCUCCACCGGCUCCCUCCCCAGCAAUGUCAUCUCUUGAGCAUCGGCUCAUGCCUUUUAGGCACCACUGUGUAUAUCACAUUCCACCUCUGCUCCUUUCUGUCUCAGGGGUCCCAAGCCCCCACUAGCUCUCUUCCCCAACAUCCUCAUCCAAAGACACCCUCCCUGUUCCCAGGUGUCACCUCCCAGCCACACUGGCAGCACUCACCACGCCUUCCAGCUUCCUUCCCCUUCCUCCUCUCUGUCUGCCGACCUCCCUGCCAAAUUCUCCCUCUCCUCCAUCCCACCCCCGCUCGGAGACCUUCCCUUUCAUUCCAUCGUGGUUUCUGUCCUUGCAUCACUUGAGCAGCUCACCUUUCCCAUCGCCCCUGGUCCCCUGGUUCAGGCGGAGGAAGCAGAGAGCAUUCCCGGAUCCUGUGAGCUUUGAGGUUGCCUCCUCCCCCACAAAGAAACUGUGGUUUCCCUGCCUCCGCGGCUGCAGAGACCAGAACUAGCAGCUCCACGGAGAGGGAAGAUUUCAAGAUGAUCCCUGCUUAAGCCCCCUCAUCCCCACGUGGGUCCUGGUGUUGAUACAAGACCGCUGGCGACCGCCUUCGAAUCCCGGGGUCCGCGCGCUUGCGCCUGACAUUCCCGGCAGAUGCCGCCAGGUGGCGCCAGCACACCACAGUCUGUGGACGAGGCCUGGGACCACGGCUCUACCCCCAAAUGGGUCUGACGCCCCAAGAAAGGAGACUCUGGAAAAGGUCCCCCACUUUGCACGGCAAAAGCAUGGGCAGUUGGGAACCAUGUUCCUUAAGUAGACUUCCCUUUGAGCUGAGCGUUCUGCUCACAUUUUUGCCCAUAUCAAAAGUUUCUUACAUAGACUCUCAUGCCUUCGCCCUUACCCCUGACCCCAAGGAUCUGGAGGAAUAUCAUACAAAGUAAGUGAAUCAUUUUGUAGAGUGAAGAGUGCUAACGUAAAGCAAGUAGUCACCCACAUUCCUUGUAAAUCCCAAUUUUUCUAUAUUGUAGCUUUGCUUAAAAUGGGGGUCUGCCCUCAUGGCACGGCCCUUAUCGGGCAGGCUGGGGAACCAACCCCAGUGGGGAGGGAGGGCAGCGGCUCCGGAGACAGUGGAAGCGAAGAAAGGUAGCUGUUGGAAGCUCUGAGAAGCGGAGGGGCUCUGCCAGCCUCCAUCCCGCUCUCAAAUCCUGUGCCCCUCCACCCCGAGGCGGGUGGGAGAGCAAGCCCCGCCCCGGGUCCCCUUGCCUGCUACAGAGCUCUCGGGAAUUGGACCAACUAGCACUGAGUGGGCGGGGCAACUGCAUCCCCGUUUUCCGAGCCCCGCCCACGAAGCUCUUAGCCAAUCACAUGCAGAGAGCCUCACAGGGCCCUGCCUAUUCCAAACCUGACCGCACCCAGGCGCAGCGAUGAACCCCGCCUGGGGUUCUCCAACCCUCGACGUGUAGCCUGAGCUCUGGGACGCGGGGGUUGGGUGGCAAGCGGCGGGCCAAGGGCAAAGUGGGCUAGCAAGGGAAGAGGCGGGUGGUAUGGGUGAGGGCGGAGGGAGGUCUAAGGCUUUAGGGAACAGAGAAAGGGGGAACUUGAGGGUGGAGGAAGGGCACUGCCCUGUCGCCAUCCCAGGACCUUGGACAGAUCACCCACACUCCCGGGGCCUCAGUUUCCCCAUCUGUAAAAUGAUGGUAAUAAUACUUCACCUACCUCAUGGGGGAGGUUGUAAGGCCGCCGUCACCUGACCUGGGGGUGGAGGCAGGAAGAUUCUGAAGGUGCUACCCGCGAGCAAAGUAUUAUUACCGCAGCCUGAAGGCAAGGCCCGCCUGCCCCUCCCCCUACAGAGCCUCCGGGGAUAGCUGAGGCCGGUCUGGGCCCACCUAUCUCUUCUCCACUGUGUUCCUGCACCCUUCUUGAGCGUCAUCCACCAUCUUUGUGGGCACCCUAGAGUUAGUCGUUAACUUGUUCAGGUAUCCUUUCUUGUGACCAUCACCCCACAUAAUUGCUGUAUAAAUUCCACCUGCCCCAGGACCCCGCACCUGCCCACCGGCGCUAGACGCCAGGGAAGGGACAAGGAAAACAGCCACACAAAAAGCCAAGGGGAGUCCCCAGAGUCCCCAGUCCUGCUGGGGCCCCAGGGGUGGGGAUUGGUGGUUUCUGUUUGUAUUGUGUUUGAGUCCUUGAGCGCAAGUGUUUUAUAAAAAAAAAAAAAAAAAAACUACGACAAAAACCCACCAUCACAAAAAAAAAAAAAAGCAGCGAAAUGAAGAAAAACUGAAGAAAAAAAGAGGGAAAAAAAAAUACAAAAUUUUUCCACCACAUGCACCCUCUAAGCCAGCAAGAUUUCCUCUUUGCAAAAUCAUAUUUUUGUGGGGAUGGGCCCUGCUUUUUGUGGCAAGGCCUAUUCUGAUUAAUAAAGGAUCGUGAAAAAGUA